AUGACCACUGAGACUGUCUCUACCUCAGAUGAUCAGAAUAUCGCAAUCGGAGAUCUACACAAUGAGAUCAAUACAAUUGAAUCCGGUAAUAUUACGGGAACUACCGACAAAAUUAAGCGAAAAAAACAUAAGGAACAUAUCCGUACUAUUGGUGCAGAAAUCAGGAAUAUGAAUGAACCUAUUCGCAGAUUGAUAAUAGACAAGGUCGUUUUACGCAAUUUUAAGAGUUAUGGAGGUACUACAACUAUAGGUCCAUUUCAUAAGAGAUUUACUUCGAUAGUAGGUCCUAAUGGGUCUGGGAAAAGUAAUGUAAUAGACGCCAUGUUAUUUGUCUUUGGAUUUCGUGCUAAACAAAUAAGACUCGGAAAACUGUCGGAAUUAAUACAUAAUUCUAACUUCUACGUUAACAAGAAUAAUGGAAAUCCGCUGGAAUCAAUGGAAGUAGCGAUUCAUUUUUGUGAAAUCUUGGACCACAACCCGGAUUCUGACAAUUAUGAUGUAAUAGAAGGAUCGCAGUUGGUAAUUUCAAGAGAAGUUUUUUGUGACAAUACCUCAAAAUAUCGCAUAAAUGGCACAAUUUCUACGCAGAAAGAGGUUUCUAAUGCAUUAAAGCACUUUGGAAUGGACUUAUAUAACAAUCGGUUCCUUAUAUUACAGGGAGAAGUUGAGCAAAUAUCCCAAAUGAAACCAAAAGCCACCAAACCCGACGAAGAAGGGCUGUUAGAAUACUUGGAAGAUAUAAUUGGAACAAAUCAAUAUUUGGAUCAGAUUAAAGAAGCACAAACGCACUAUGAAGAAUUGCAGGAUCAAUAUCAGCAGUUUUCUAAUAAGGCAAUUUUAUCACAGAAGGAAGUUGAAGAUCUUAAAGAUGCAAAUGAUGAAGCAAACAGAUAUUUAUUUAACGAAAAACUAUUUCAUGAAACAAUGUUUUUAGUUACGCAAAAAGAGAUUUACGACGGUGAACUUGAAAAGAAUGUCCUUUCCAAAGAUAUUAGUGGAUUAGAAGAACAGCUUAGAGAUUAUAAAAAGGAAAUAUCCAACGUCUUUAAGGAAAAGGAAGAUGUAGAAUCACAAAUAAAAUCACAAAAGGCGGAAUUAAAUAGAUUGUUAUAUACACAAAAGAAGUUAUCAGAUCACUUUAAAAAACUCUGUACUAAGGAUGAAGAUUUACGUAUGCAACUGCUACGUGAAGUUAAAAAAGUCGAAGAAAAGACUAUUUUGAUAAAAAAAUUAACUUCUAAGAAACCUCAACUUGAGAAAGAAUCUAAAGAAAAAUUGGCAGAAUCUGAAAAUUUACUUAAAACAAUCCCUUUGUUGCAAUCUAAGCUUGACAACGCUGAAGCGGAGCUUGAAAGGCUGAGUGAUAAUUUAAAACCGGAGCUAGAAAAGGCUGCGAAAGAUUUGUCUUUUUGUGAGGCUGUUUUGGCUCCAAUUCAGCAAUCCUAUGAUGAUUAUAAAAAGGAGAUAAAAGCCUUGGAAAUUUCGAUAGAGUUAUUACACUCUAGUGAGAUAGAACUGACAAAAAACCUUUCAUCCUUAAAGAAAGAUGAAAAAGAAUUGAAACGCAAGAUCAAAUAUAACGAAGAAUUAUUGAAAACUAGUGAGGCUAGCUUGGAGGAUGGUGAAACAAAAUUGAGGGUAAUAAAAGAUGAAAUUUGUGAAUUAGAGAAGGACUUACAUGAUAAGAACACAAUUCUCAUAAAGCUAAGAGACGAAUAUGAGUCAUUAAAGCACGACAUUACCAACUUGAGUAAUGAAAAGGAUCAAUAUAAGUUUAUAAUGAAUUUGGCUUCGAAUGAAAAUCUGAGUGGUAUCCACGGGAAAUUAGGUGAUCUUUGUUCCAUAGAUAAAAAGUACGAGAAAGCAUUUUUGGUAGCAUGUGGGCCAGCUAUUGAAACAAUAGUAGUGGAUACUCCAGAAAUAGCGUCAAAAAUAUUCACAGAACUCAGGAGGCAUAAUCUUGGACGUGUUUCUGCAGUUUCUCUGAGCAUUCUAAAUAGAGACUUAAAAAGACUUUUAGAACGCAAAAGUUCAAUAGAUAUCGAAAAAUUACCCCAAGGAACACAACGACUCAUUGACUUGAUAAAACCUGAUCAACUAAAAUAUAAAGUAUGUUUCUACCAUGCAGUCCGUGACACCUUGGUUGUAAACAAUUUUGAUGACGCUAAAUUUGUUGGAUAUCAAAUGAAGAAACGUGUAGUUACAAUAGAUGGAGAAAUUAUAGAGCCUGAUGGUCGUUUAUCUGGAGGAGGUGUUCCAAAUAUUGGAAUAAAAGAUAGGCGCCCCUCUUUUGGCAAGUCUGUCGAUACUAACGCUAUGAGGAAGAUGAAAUACGAUAUAGAUAACAAAAUUCAAGACAUUUCAAAUAUAAAGGACAAGUUACGUCAGCUUAGUGAGAAUGAACACUCCAUAUCUAAGGAUAUGGUCACCGAAAAGUAUAAUAUCAACUUGUUGAGUCAAAAUAUUGAGAAUGAUUCUCUGCACUUGGGAGAGCUCCUAGAAAACAUUCGAAAUUCAGAGUUAAAAAUAGAAGAUCUUAAAGGUGACAAUAGGAUAAAUCUGUUGAAGAAAGAUUUGGAAAAAAAAAUUGAAGAGUGUAACGCUAUUAAAAAAAAUGUUGAAUCUCAGGAGACAAGUGUAUCUAAGGCCUAUGAGGUUCUUCAAAAUGUUGGUUGUGGUGUUUUAAAAGAAUCUAAGCUAAAUGUUGCUAAACUGGACGAUGAAUUAUCCAAAAUUAGAGGUGAUGUAGAGAAACUACGAAAGACCGCAGCUUCGCUACUCGGAGAUGCUGAAAAAUGUGCUAGAGAUAUUUUAAAAUAUGAAAAAGAUAUAGGUGAGCACAAAAUACGAGAAAAGGGGCUAGAAACACAAUUGGAUAAUUUAGAAGAUGAAGCAUCGGAAGUUAAUAACAAACUUACUUCUCUGAAUAAGGAUUGUGACCAAUAUAGUCAUACUCUUAAGGAACUCAAUGAAUUGCUAACCACAAAAAAUGCUAUUAUUAAUGAACAUGAGCUACAAUCUGUGGAUAUUAAGCAUAGAGUUGAUGACCUUCAUAGAAAAUUGAAUGCUGUCAAUGAUUGUCUAAGUCGUCACAAAACAACACUUCUUAGCACAAAACAACAAUUUGAAGAUACAAUUCGUUCAUUAAAUUUGAGCAAUGAAGCAACUUCGCUUCUUUAUAAGUUUACGCAUGAUUCUGGUGUAAAUUUACCGUGCUCUUCAACUAUGGACCAAUGUUCAGAUGAAGCGGAGGCUUGUAGACAAGAUAGUUUGGAUAAAAUGGAAAUAAUAGAUCCUGAUACAGCCAAAAAUACCGAAUGUGACACUAGUAAGCAAGAAGAAAUUCCCACUAUAGAUUUGAGGCAAACAAAGUAUUCUAAUGAGCUGAGAAUAGCGUCUAAUGAGAAUCUAGAAACUAUUAACAAAGACGCUAUGCUUAAAAGGGUACAAGAGCUGAAAAGGAAAUUGUCACAUAUUCCAAAUUUAAGAAUAGUUGAGGAAUAUAAAAAGAGGGUUGAAGAAUACAUCCAAAAAAAGAAAGAUUUACUUAUAAUACAGACAAAACGAGACUAUGCUAAGAGUGCGCAUGAACAUCUGUGUUUUAAGCGUAAAAGCGAGUUCUUACUCAAUUUUGCAAUUAUAGCUAACAAACUCAAAGAGGUGUAUCAGGCCAUAACUCUCGGUGGAGAUGCUGAAUUGGAAUUAGUUGAUUCAACGGAACCAUUUACGGAAGGUAUACUGUUUUCUGUUAGGCCAGUCAAGAAGAGUUGGAAACAAAUACAUAAUCUUUCAGGUGGUGAAAAAACUUUGAGUUCUUUAGCUCUUGUCUUUGCAUUACAUCACUACAAACCAAAUCCAGUGUACUUUAUGGAUGAAAUAGACGCCGCCCUAGAUUUUAGGAAUGUGUCAAUCAUAGCAAAAAACAUAAAGGAGAGGACAAAAGAUGCGCAAUUCAUAAUAAUUUCGUUGCGUAACCAAAUGUUUGAACUUUGCAAUCAAAUGGUAGGAAUUUACAAAACGUGUGAUAUAACUAAGAGUGUUUGCAUAAACCCAAUGGUAUAUAGCUUGAACAAAAGAAGACUUAAAGAUGACGAAAUUGCCUCACAGUAA